UUUCUUAAGCGUGGAAACACUGUCCAAGCUUAACUGAGUGUGACGUUUUCCAACAUUGUUCGCUUAUGGUGACCGAGGAGCAGGAUUUAAAAAAGGAAACUUCGGCUUCUGAGGAGCAGGAUCCUUUCACCAUCCAGGAGUCGGAUUGCUGUUGCAAUGGCUGUACUAACUGCAUCCUCGAUAACAAGCCGAAACCAAGUCGGCGCCUUGUCUUGGCCGGCAAGCGGAAUGCCAUCCUGGGCUACACAAAGUUCCGUUUAAUUUGGCGGGAAAGCCACCCAGCGGAUGACGCUGUGCUUCUUCUACACCUCCGCCAUGCUGUGGACGAGAAGGACGACGAAUCAGUGCUAGACAUUCCCCCCGGCCACCAUGUGAUGCUUCGCGAUGGUUCCCUGCUGCGUCCUUACUCACCCUAUUGGAGCGACUUCCUCACCAAGGAGUUCCGCAUCCUGGUUAAGCUCCAGCCGGGCGGUGGCAUGUCCCGGAAACUGGCGUCUGUACAAGUCAACGAUGUCUUGGAGUUCCGCGGGCCCAUCGGGAACUACCUGUACGAUGGCAGCGUUGCCAAAUGCCUCUUUAUCAUCUGCCAAGGAGUGGCCAUUGCCCCCACGUUGCCCCUGGUGCGGCAGGUGCUGGAGAACGAGGACGACAUGAGUCGCAUCUGGCACUUGGUCUGCUCCCGGGACCUCCAGCAUGUCUAUUUCAGGGAUGAGCUCCUGGAGUUCGCUCGCAACUGGAACUACAAGAGCUGCCUGUAUCUUCCGCACCAACAAUGUGGAUCCUCCGCUUGCCAGGAAGCGGGUCACUGCCUGCCAGAGUGCUUGGAGCUGGCCAAGAGUCUACGAUACAAGGAGGCUGCCAAGGCAUCGCGAUUGGACCUUCCAGAGCUUUCUGGCUAUGCAAACAGAAACAUUCCAGGAACACGUAUUGCCAUCAUAGCUGGAGACUCUAGAUUUCAAGAGAUUAUGAAAAAGAUGGCCACCAAAGCCCUGGAUCUGGAGGCAGCCAAUGUUUAUUUGUUGUAG